GAAUGCGGCCAGCCGGAUCACGGGCAGCCGCAUUCGCAACCGCAACGUGCGGUUGAAGAACCGUUGCGAUUUGCGAUCAUGUCGAUCCAUUUCAAAGAUGGACGUGGAAAAAGUUGCACGUAAUGUGUGUAAAUGUAGUAAAUUUACACACGUUACGUAAAGAAGAAAAAACAAAAAAAGAAGUACUGGGUGCAUCCUUAUUUGCAAACACGAGAUGAGAGCAACCAUUUUGCAAUAUUUUUCGAAGAAGUAAAAAAAUAUGAAGAUAAGUUUUUCGGAUUUACUAGAAUGAGCAUAAAAACGUUUGAAGAAUUAUUGACACAAUUUCGCAAUAGUAUUAAACCGGAUGUAAAGUUAAUAAUAGUGCUACGAUAUUUGGCGUCAGGCUGUUCAUUCGCAGAAUUGCAUUAUAUGUUUAAGAUUGGAAUUAGUACUAUCGCCGAAAUAGUUCGAGAAGUAUGUGCAGCUAUAUGGUUUUGCUUAAAAAAUAUAUGCCUACCACAACCAACCAAAGAUAUGUGGCUUCAAAUUGCAAAUGGUUUCUCUACUAGAGCACAUUUUCCGAACUGUAUAGGUGCUUGUGACGGAAAACAUAUUAGAAUUAUAGCACCUAACAAUAGUGGAUCAAUGUGCUUCAAUUAUAAAGGAUAUUUUUCUUUGGUAUUGCUAGCAAUUUGUGACAGCAACUACAAAUUUGUGAUGAUUGAUGUUGGAGCAUAUGGAAGAUUCGGUGACUCAGCAAUAUUUCAAAACUCAAACUUUUAUAAAAAAAUUCAAGAGAACCGCUUGAACAUUCCUGAACCAGCACCUAUUUCAGGAAACAAUGCAACUUGUUUCCCCUUCGUUUUUGUAGGAGACGAGGCAUUUGCUUUAAGUACGUGCAUGAUGCGCCCUUAUCCGAGAAAUAAUUUAAAUAUUACAAAAAGAACAUUCAAUUAUAGACUUUGUGUGGCUAGACGUUACAUUGAAUGUACUUUUGGCAUACUUGCGAAUAAGUGGCGCAUUUUUCACAGACCAAUUAAUGUUCACAUCGAUUUAGUUAGUGAUAUUAUUAAGUCUGCUUGCAUUUUACACAACUUUGUAAGAGACAGAGACGGAUAUUCUUUUAGAGACUCAUUAAGUAAUCCACUAACUGAAACUAUUACUCGAGAUAACGUGCGAAGAAACAAUAGAACUGCUUUCGGAUAUCGAGAAUCAUUUGCAGAAUAUUUUAUGCAUGAAGGGAGAGUAGAAUGGCAGGAUAAUUACAUUUAAAUAAAAUACCUAUUUUGAUAA